AGCCCGGACGCCAGGAGCGCCGCGGCCGCCCGGCUCCGUAGACGGCGGGAGCCCAGGGACCCUCCCCGCACCUCCGGAGCGCGGUUCAGGAUGCUGCCAGCCGCCCUUCUCCUCCUCCUCGUCGGAGGCGCUGUGGCUCACUCAGACCGAAUCGCCGCCCCAAAUCCUGCUUGUGAGGCUCCACCAGCUGUGCUCUUGGAAGUGCAGGGCACCUUACAGAGGCCCCUGAGCCGCGAGAGCCGCAGCUCUCCUGCCAACUGCACCUGGCUCAUCCUGGGCAGCAAAGAGCAGACUGUGACCAUCAGGUUCCAGAAGCUGCACCUGGCCUGUAGCUCUGAGCGUUUAAUUCUGCACUCCCCACUCCAGCCACUGAUCUCCCUGUGUGAGGCACCAGCCAGUCCUCUGCAGCUGCCAGGGGGCAAUGUCACCAUCACCUACAGCUAUGCUGGGGCCAAGAAAUCCAUGGGCCAGGGCUUCUUACUGUCUUAUAGCCAAGAUUGGCUGAUGUGCCUACAGGAAGAGUUCCAGUGCCUGAACCACCGCUGUAUACCUGCUGCCCAGCGCUGUGAUGGCAUCAAUGCCUGUGGUGAUGGCUCUGAUGAAGCAGGUUGCAACUCAGACCCAUUCCCUAGCCUGACCCUGGCUCCUGGACCCACCCUGCCUUGCAAUCUUACCUUAGAGGACUUCUAUGGAGUCUUCUCCUCCCCUGGAUAUUCGCACCUGGCCUCAGUUUCCCAUCCCCAGUCAUGCCUGUGGCUGCUGGAUCCCCAUGAUGGCCGGCGACUGGCAGUGCGGUUCACAGCACUAGACUUGGGCUAUGGAGAUGCAGUGCAUGUAUAUGAUGGUGCUGGGCCCCCUGAGACCCCUCGCCUGUUACGCAGUCUCACCCACUUCAGCAAUGGCAAAGCCGUGACUGUGGAGACACUGUCUGGUCAGGCUGUUGUGGCCUACCACACAGUUGCUUGGAGCAAUGGUCGAGGCUUCAAUGCUACCUACCAUGUGCGUGGCUACUGUUUGCCUUGGGACCGACCCUGUGGCUUGGGAUUGGGCCUAGAGGCUGGGGAAAGCCUGGGAGAGCGCUGCUACAGUGAGGCACAGCGUUGUGACGGCUCAUGGGACUGUGCCGAUGGCACAGAUGAGCAAGACUGCCCUGGCUGCCCACCUGGGCACUUCCCCUGUGGAGCUGCAGGCACCCCUGGUGCCACAGCCUGCUACCUGCCUGCCGAUCGCUGCAACUACCAGACGUUCUGUGCUGAUGGAGCCGAUGAGAGACGCUGCCGACACUGCCAGCCUGGCAACUUUCGAUGCCGGGACGAGAAGUGUGUGUAUGAGACCUGGGUUUGUGAUGGGCAGCCAGACUGUGCCGAUGGCAGUGACGAAUGGGAUUGCUCCUAUUCCCUGCCCCGCAAGGUCAUCACUGCUGCAGUCAUUGGCAGCCUUGUGUGCGGCCUGCUUCUGGUCAUCGCCCUGGGCUGCACCUGCAAGCUCUAUGCCAUUCGCACCCAGGAGUACAGCAUCUUUGCCCCUCUAUCACGGAUGGAGGCUGAGAUUGUGCAGCAGCAAGCACCCCCCUCCUAUGGGCAGCUCAUUGCCCAGGGUGCCAUCCCACCUGUGGAAGACUUCCCUACAGAGAACCCUAAUGAUAACUCAGUACUGGGCAACCUGCGGUCUCUGCUACAGAUCUUGCGCCAGGAUAUGACUCCAGGAGGAGCCUCAAGUGGUCGCCGUCGACAGCGGGGUCGUUCAGUGCGUCGCCUGGUUCGUAGGCUUCGCCGCUGGGGCCUGCUUCCUCGAGCUAACCCCCCAGCCAGGGCCUCUGACACCAGGCCCCAGGCCACACCUGCUCCUCCCCUUGAGGUCCAGGAUGGAAGCACAAGUCCAGCCCAUGAGGGUGGGGCAGUAGGUGGGCAGGAUGGGGAGCAGGCCCCCCCACUCCCCAUCAAGUCACCCCUCCCACCUGCCAACACAUCUCCAGUAGUCCCCCUUGCUGUCUCUGAAGCCCAGGGGACACUGCCCUCAGUGCCCCUAGAGCCAUCCCUACUGUCUGGAGUCGUACAGGCCCUGCGAGGUCAUCUCUUACCCAGCCUUUGGCCCCCAGGCCCGGCAUGGACACCCCCAGGACCUCACACAGCAGUCCUGGCCCCAGAGGAUGAGGAUGAUGUUCUGCUAAUGCCUCUGGCUGAACCAGAGGUAUGGGUGGUUGAAGCUGAGGAUGAGCCAUUGCUUGCUUGAGGGGGCCUGACUCUAGUCACAGUGGCACAACUCUGUGGAGGGGUCUCAGCUUCCCCAUUAACCUGUGUAGCAGCUGCAAAGUUAGGUGUCCCUCAGGUCGGCAGAGAGCUUACUUACUAUCAGCCCCCUCUCUGUAUGGCCAGAACAACAGUCUCUUGCUUCUGCCCACCCCGUGUCCCAUCACUGUCUAAGUGGCUAUUUUAUGAAAGUAAAGCUUGUAAAGGAUUAUAAGCCUGGACACUCCAUCCUUGCCAAAGCCCCACCCAAAAGUGACCUUAAGCACCCAAUGCCAGUUGACUGGAGAUUCUCCAGCCCCUAAGUGGAGGAUUUGCACAGGGCUUAAAAAUUUCCAACCUCCAUCUCUAUAAACCCUAGCAAAAAAACAAAACAAACAAACAAGAGUAUUUGUCCCAUAGUUUGCUCAUUGCCGGGGG